UUACUGUGUAUCGGCGGUGUUGGCACCUUCCCUGCAUUGUUGGGAGGGCAACAGUGACAGGGAAGUUAUAUUAAGUAGGAUAGUUUUUAGACUAAAAAUGAAAAUUGCCUCUUUUUUGUCGGAUGAAUAUCCUUUGUAGUUGCCCGCUUCCCCCCGCCAUAUGCUCGGGGAGCGAUAGGGAGCUGACUCCCGAUUUGUUUCCGCCGCUAAUUGCCGAGCGCGUAGGAGGUUGCGCUCCGUACGUCUGUGUCUGCGGCCCCCCCGCCUCCUAAGGUCAGAAGCAAAGGGAGCGCCUUGCAACCUGGCGCCAUAGCGUUUAAAAGUGCCGGUGUUUGCCUUAAGGAUAAUGAUCAUAUGUGAGGGAGAACCGGAGGGGUGAAGAGAAAUGAGAGAAAGGAGGAGGGGAGAAGUGGAGAGUAGUAAGGGAGUGUGUGUGUGGGGGGGGAAGUUAAAGAGAACGGUAUAAGGUGAGCUGGCUGGAGGGAGGGAGAAGAAGAGUGAGUAAAGGAUGGAAGAGAGGGCUAGAGAGCUGACAGGAGAAAGAGAGUGAAAAAAAUAAGAUGGAGAGAUGGAGAGAGAAAAAAGAGUAAGGAUAUAAGAUGUAAGAGAGGGUUGAGAAGAAGAAUGGAUGGGCGAGGACGAGAGAAGAGAAAAAGAUAGAGAAGGAAAAAGUGAGAAAUGUGAGAGACGGCUAGAGAGAGUGAAAAUAAAUAUUAAAGGAAGAGGAGAGAGAAGGGAGUGGGAGAAACAGAGAGAAAGCUAGAGAGAGAGAGAGAGCUGAGAGGAGAGCGAGAGAGAGGAAGGUGAGAGAAGAGCAGGGGAGACUGAGAGAGACAGACUCAGCUUUCAGCCACCGAGACCAAGCGCCUGGAAGAUAAAUGAAAGCAGCGAGGAGCCUGUAGCAAGUCAGCCUGGGAGUCUGCGGCCAAGUUCAGCCGGGAGCUGUGCGCGGAUGAUGGGCUGAGCUCCGCCCCGGGGGGCACAUCUGUCAAAGCGGAGAAUCCGGCGGGCGGGCCGCCCCUUCACCAAGGGGACCCACAGAACUCCCUGUAUCCAGCACAUUCACUGCUCCGACUCUCCCUGUGCCCUCCGACUAAAGAGGGAGGGAAGUAACAGGAGGAGAGAGAGUAGGGGAGCCGAACGAAAGGGAGGGAGAGGGGAAAAAGGACUUUGACGAAGGACAUUGCCCCCCACUCUGUUCACCGCCCUCCCCCUUUCCAGCUUGGAAGUGUCUGACAUCCAGAGCGCCGUCACUGUGCUCGGGCGGAGCGCAGCGGAGCGGAGUGUUACCGCCGCCGGGAAACACGCAGGAGUCCGGCGCUGCCGAUCGGCUUGUGCUUUUACGGACCGGGAUCAGGCGCCCAGCGCAGAAAAGGAAGGAAAAGAGAAACUCCGGGGACGGACAGGACUAAGACACCGAUGCGGAAGAACUGAGCGGAGACCCAUGGCUGAAAAGAAGGUAUCUCCUGGAGCUGAUGCUGUAAUAAGAGCACAUUCAACAGUGCCUGUGCAGCUCUUCCACUACCAGCUCCAAUGCGCAAGUGCGGCCACGUGAUGAAUACGCAAGCAGGGCUUUGACAGAAUGGUAGAUUACAUCAGCAAAGUCAUGUUGCCCACGACUACCUCAUGCUGGCAACCGUUCCUUGGGCUAGCCCUGGUGGUCAUCCUCGUCGGUUCUGCUGUGGGCUGCCCGGCCCGCUGUGAGUGCUCCGCCCAGACCAAGUCCGUCAACUGCCACCGGAAACGCUUCCUGACUAUCCCCGAGGGCAUCCCUAUUGAGACACGUGUGCUGGACCUCAGCAAGAACAAGCUGCGGAGCGUCAACCCUGACAAUUUCUCCUCCUACCCCCAGCUGGAGGAGCUGGACCUUAGUGGCAACCUUAUUGGCCAAGUGGAACCCGGGGCCUUCAACGCCCUGGUCAACAUGCACUCACUCAGCCUGAAGAGUAACCGUAUCUAUCUCAUUCCCAUGGGUGUGUUCUCAGGCUUGUCCAAUCUCACACUGCUAGACAUCAGCGACAACAAGAUCGUGAUCCUGCUAGAUUACAUGUUCCAGGACUUGCGCAACCUGAAGUCCCUUGAAGUGGGUGACAAUGACUUGGUCUACAUCUCACACCGGGCGUUUAGUGGUCUUGUGAGCCUAGAGACACUGACCCUGGAGAGAUGUAACCUGACGGUGGUGCCCACUGAAGCCUUGUCUCACCUUCAUGCCCUGGUCAGCCUCCAUCUGAGGCAACUUAGUAUCAGCACUCUCCAUCCAUACUCCUUCAAGAAACUGUUCCGCUUGCGGCACCUGGAGAUCGAUAGCUGGCUCUCGUUGGAUGUGGUUCCGCCUAAUACACUGCACGGUCUCAACCUCACCACACUCUCGAUCACAAAUACCAACUUGUCUGCUUUUCCUUACCAGCCCCUGAGGCAUAUGUCCUACCUAACGCACCUCAAUCUGUCCUUCAGCCGUAUUGAGCAAAUCGAGGGUGGAAUGCUGCGGGAUCUGCUGCGCCUGCGUGAGUUACGCCUAAUGGGAGCCCGGCUGGCCACUGUAGAGCCACACGCCUUCCAGGGCAUGAGGUCUCUCCGGAUCCUCAAUGUCUCCCGCAACCAGCUAGAGACUCUGGAGAGAAUUUCCUUCCAGGAUCCAGAGAUCCUGGAGAUGCUACUGAUUGACGGCAACCCACUGGUGUGCGACUGCCGCCUGACAUGGAUCCUGAGGAAGCGGCGCUCCCUGCGUUUCGGAAACGUCCAGCCCGAGUGCUCCAGCCCUGAGGCCAUCCGGGGCCAAGCCCUGAAGGAGCUGGAAGAGCCACUGCUCUCUCGCUAUGUCACGUGUACCGAGCCGAAGAUCUUGGAGGAGCACGUGGAGCUUUUUUUGGUGGAUGAGGGGCAACCGUCACUGCUCCACUGCAGUGCAGAAGGAUCGCCCCGGCCCAUCAUCUCCUGGCUCACCCCCCGCCGGCGCCUGAUUACUGAGAAGACCAAUGGGCGGGUAAUCGUGCACCCCAACGGCACGUUGGAGAUUAAGGUGUCGGAGGUGCACGACAGCGGCGUCUACAUCUGCGUGGCAAGCAAUGCCGCCGGCAAUGAUACGGUGUCGGUCUCGCUGGCUGUGAAGAGCCUCGGCAUCAGCGACAGGUCACUUUACGCUAACAGGACCCAUCAAUAUUACACAGACCCCAACAGCACGGCAUCCAAUGGGACUGGGACUGGAUCCAAUGUACCAUUUGGCCUCGACCUCAAGACCAUCCUGGUGUCUACGGCAAUGGGCUGCUUCACCUUCCUGGGCGUGGUCCUCUUCUGCUUCCUGCUCCUCUUCGUGUGGAGCCGUGGCAAAGGCAAGCAUAAAAACAACAUUGACAUCGAGUAUGUGCCCCGGAAAGUGGCUGGGGUACCGGUGGACCCACCAGAGACUAGCGGGCCACGGCGGGUGAACAUGAAAAUGAUUUAAUGCCUCUGUUAGCCAGCCGGAGAGUACCGGCGAAGGCAGGGAAGGACUUGCUAUAGAGCGAGGAGCCACCCCAAAGCCAAAUGCUAAGCUGGGGCCACUCAUAUCACCCUCUGCGGAUUCUAGUGAACCAGACCAGCGGCAACCAGGGUUCUGCUUGGAACUGAAGCAACAGGUGUCCUAUAUGGAGUUCAUUGGUUUUUUUAAUUUUAUCUUUGUUUUUGUUUUUUUGAAUCCUACAGUGCAGACCUGGCUUCAAAGGACACUCCAGAACCCUGUGCAGUGUAACUUUCUAUCUAAAGAAACUGUAUUUGUUAAGUCUCGCAUCAUACUUAUUCACAGCAACAGCAGUAAUUUAGCAUAAGCAUAGGCUUCAUAUAUAUACUUAAUUCUAUAUUACGAAUAUGUAUGUAUGCCUAUGUUGCGUCUUUUUUAAAGCAAUAUACAUGCGACCCCCGUUUUAAUUAAAUUGACCUUUCUUUCAAAGGGGCCUCACCGUUACUUGUCAUCAGUAACUCCAUGUAAGGAAAGGGCUUUGACACAAAUCCUACUCUGUUUAUGCAGGAUCCAAGAAUUUUUGGGAAUUGCUGAGAGAUUCCGCCAAAACAUGCAGCAGCAACAGUGAUAUUUUUCAAUCCCAGUGACAGAAACAUUAUAUUAAAUUAAAUCAUGUUCUAAGAACAAAAAAGCAAAAAAAAAAUUGUGAUUCUAAACCACAUUUAUUGAUAGUGUAUAAAUAUAUAUACACAUAUUCUUAUUUUUAAUUACCUUAUGAAUCACCUUUAGUUAUUUUAUCAGGGUAAAUGAAGCUAUAUUUCUCCAUGUUUCUGCUGUGAGUUGCCGUUCAUUUCCUGGUCAAAAGUUUGAAAUUUGUUGUGGUAGUUUCUUAUUUCUGUUCAUAACAUUCAUAUUGUGAAAAGUAACAGGAAAAAAUGUAUGUAUGUGGAAUAAAGAAUAUCUAUUUGUUUUGGUUCAUAUAUGUGGAUUUGGGCCAAAGCAAAACCAAA